ACCAAAAUCAGCUCCUUCACUUUCUCUAUAAACCCCUCACAAAUUCGACCGUUAUAAACCUAAAAACUUUCUCUCUGUCUCUCCCUUUUCUCUUUCAGAGAGAUUCACCAUUUUAUUCAACAACUUCUUCUUCUUCAUCUUAAUAUUAAUAUUAUAUACUUUUUUUAUCAAAGAAAAAAAAAAUCAGACAAAAAAAUGGAGUCACCACAAGCAAAAAAAUCAGGUCUAAACCUCCCGGCUGGGAUGUCAACAAUAACCUCCCUCCGUCUAGAAACGCUAUCAACACCCCCUUCUUCCGCUUCGCCUCGCGCGAUAUCAAACCUUUCAUCAACACCCUCUCCAUCAAAAUCCUCCAAGUGUAGUGACAGAUUCAUACCUUGCAGAUCAUCUUCAAGACUGCAUACAUUCGGAUUAAUCGAUAACCAAUCACCGGUUAAAGAAGGGAGUAAUGAGGCUUAUAAUAGGUUGUUGAAAUCUGAGCUUUUUGGACCUGAUUUUGCUUCUCCUUCUUCUUCUCCUGCAGGUUGUGGUGUUGGUUCGCCGUUGGUGAGUCCGAGUAAGAAUAUGUUGAGGUUUAAGACGGAGAGUUGUGGACCUUCUUCGCCUUUUUCGCCUUCCAUAUUUGGAAGAAAUGAUGGGUUUUGUAAUGAGGGUUUUACUCCUCCUAAGCCUCCUAGAAAAGUGCCUAAGACACCCCACAAGGUUCUGGAUGCUCCUUCACUUCAGGAUGACUUUUACUUGAAUCUUGUGGAUUGGUCCUCACAAAAUACUCUAGCAGUGGGACUCGGGACUUGUGUUUAUCUCUGGAGUGCUUCAAACAGCAAAGUGACUAAGCUGUGUGACUUGGGACCUUAUGAUGGUGUCUGUUCUGUUCAGUGGACCAAGGAGGGUUCCUUCAUAUCCAUUGGUACAAACGGUGGUCAAGUUCAGAUUUGGGAUGGUACUAAAUGCAAGAAGGUCAGAACAAUGGGAGGGCAUCAAACAAGAACGGGUGUCUUGGCAUGGAAUUCUCGCAUUUUGGCUUCAGGAAGCAGGGAUAGAAACAUACUUCAGCAUGACAUGAGGGUUCCAAGCGACUUUAUUGGCAAGCUUGUCGGCCACAAGUCCGAGGUUUGUGGAUUGAAAUGGUCCUGUGAUGACAGAGAACUUGCUUCUGGUGGUAAUGAUAAUCAGCUAUUGGUAUGGAAUCAGCACUCUCAGCAACCAACUUUGAGACUAACAGAGCACACUGCUGCUGUGAAAGCCAUUGCUUGGUCACCUCAUCAGAGCAACCUUCUCGUAUCUGGAGGUGGAACUGCUGAUCGGUGUAUUCGUUUCUGGAACACUACAAAUGGCCACCAAUUGAACUCUGUUGACACUGGAAGCCAGGUCUGUAACCUAGCUUGGAGUAAAAAUGUAAAUGAGCUAGUGAGUACACAUGGUUACUCACAAAAUCAAAUCAUGGUGUGGAAAUAUCCAUCACUAGCAAAGGUUGCAACUCUAACCGGCCACAGCAUGAGAGUACUAUACCUUGCAAUGUCUCCUGAUGGUCAGACAAUAGUGACUGGUGCUGGGGAUGAGACUCUGCGGUUUUGGAAUGUUUUCCCAUCAAUGAAAACACCUGCCCCAGUUAAAGAUACAGGCCUUUGGUCACUAGGCCGUACCCAAAUCCGAUGAUCGAUUAAGCAAGCAUGGAAGAUGGAAAAUGAGGAAAAGAAGUUGUUUAUACAAUUUUAUUUAGAUAGUUCUUUUAUGUAUAUGAAAUUACACAUAGAAACUGACUGCCAUAUAACAUUAUAUACCAAACACGAGUAAACCUACAAAUUGUAAAGCUUUUGAUAUAAAUUCAUCGUUGUGUUGCAAUAAAUAAGUUUACUUUUUCUCUA